AUGGCAAACUUGACGAGGGUUGGCCUGGGCAUUGCCGUCCUCGGCGCAGUGCUCAGUCAGCUCUCUAUAACCCAAAGCAUAUGGACUGUGCUGAAAUUGGGUCUCGCAAUUGGCAAGGUUUUGCAACCCAUCAGCGACUUCCCUUCAUACCAAUGCCGUCGGGUCCAUGACCCGCUUCUCCAGGCGUGCGAAGACAUGUGGUUGUCCGAGGCCACGCGGCAGCUGUUCCUCGCUUGUUCCGACUCGGAUGCCCGGAACAGGUGGAUGCCCAGGACUGCAGGCGACGGUAUCAUCAACUUUGCAGGCUUUGCGGGAAUAGAACUGGAUGAGGGUGCUUCCGAGCUCCUUAUCACGAAUUUUCGCCCAUCGGUCGACAGCAAUGGGGAGAUCGUGCCAGCCCAGGCUGCCGUGGGUGGUAAUGCCACAAUCGAGGUCUUCAGGCUUCUUCCGAACACCGACAGUCUUCAACACAUGCGUACAGUGGCAGAUCCUGCUAUUGCAACGCCGAACAGGGUGGCAGCUGCGGAGGGCAAAGGUUUCUAUAUCACCAACGAUCAUGGCCAGAAUAAGAUAGGUUGGGGAAAUGCCCUCUCGCCGAUUCUCCUCACAGGAGACGUCACAUUCUGCCCAGACGGGCCCUCCAGCCCAUGUAGGGUCGUCUCGGAAGGCUACGGCUACCCAAACGGUUUGAUCCGGAGCCGCGUGGACGGACUGAUAUACGUGCCCGAGUCCGCGCAAGGCGGAAUAACGGUGCUUCGACCAACGGCAGACAACUCCCUGGAGGUCAUAUAUAAGAUAGAUCUUCCGUACGCGAUCGAUAAUCUUUCCGAAGACCAAGAUGGUACCCUAUGGGCGGCGGUUUUACCGAGGGGCAUCGAGAUCUAG